CACGGAGUCCCGCGCUCUCACUAAGAACGAAUCAAAACCACAACAUAAUUUCGUUUACGCUGCAAAAACAAGUUGUGCCCGACGCACGAACCCUGUGGAGAAAGUUCGACCAGCUUACGACAACUUCAAAGCCCACCAAACUCACUGUGCAGCACCUGCAGCAGAGAGCCCGCCAAGUCGUGCAGCCGUAACAGCGUCACCUGCGUUCCCGCACGCCGUCGCCGUGCCGCACACCACGAAUUCGAGCGCUCGUCGCGUGACGUGUCCAUAAUGCGUCGCGCACUCGCCGCGCUGCUCGUGCCGUCCGCCGUGGGACUCGUCGCGCCGCUCUGGGCGACGCACACGGCUAUUGGUUUUACGGCGGGCGCGUCCGGCGCCGCCGCUGUCUACCCCGUCGACUUCGUGAAGACGCAGCGCCAGACUGCCGAAGGGAAGAAGGCGUUCGCCGGGCUGAGCCUUCCAGCAACUUUGGUGCACUACAUUCAGCGGGACGGCCCGCUGAGCGUCUUUCGAGGCUUGGGCGUCCAGGUCGCGGGAGUGGCACCGGAAAAGGCCAUCAAGCUGACGGUGAACGACGCCGCGCGCUCUGCAUUAAGGGCGUCGUUUGGCUCAUUAUCUUUCGCGGGCGAGCUUGCCGCGGGCGUUUGUGCUGGUGCUUGUCAAGUAAUCGUGACCAACCCGCUGGAAUGCGUGAAAGUUCGGUUGCAAACCACGAACGCGGGCAAUUGCUUUGAAGUAAUACGCGCGCUCGGCGUUUCCGGUUUAUCGACGGGCGCUUUAGCAUGUGCCAUGCGCGACGCGUCGUUCUCCGCGAUCCUGUUCCCGACCUACGCGCACGCCAAGGUAUUCUUGCCGGAAGUGCUCCAUCUGCAGGGCGCGCCAUCGUUGUUUCUUGCCGGCUUGUUGAGCGCCGCGCCGGCGGCGUUCUUGACCACCCCUCUUGACGUCAUCAAGACGCGGCAGCUCGAGCGCGCCUUCGCCGACGGCGGCUUACCGUCCGUCGGCGACGUCGCGCACAGUGUGUAUAAUGAGGAAGGGCCCGACGUGCUCUUCUCGGGCGGCUUCGAGCGCGUUUUGAGAAGCGCGCCGCAGUUCGGCGUGACGCUGGCGCUCUACGACGUCCUCACGCAGUACUGCACGGACCACGGCUGGUUAGGGUAAAUAGAC